UUUGCCAUCAAGAGGCGAUUUUACUACCGGGUUGUUUUCGUUCUUACCGCAGCCGCAGAGCGCGCAUCAGGUGUUUUUUCUCAGGUAGUGUGACCGACCGUCGCUAUUUUAAUUUAUUGUUUAUCCAAAAAUGACGGAUGAGGAAAUAACGGUUUUACCGGUGGGGCAGGAGAUUGAGAGAUUCGGAUGUAACCUGCUCGACAAUAAAAAGCUGACCCGCCUAUACUGCAUGAAUGGCGGACAUCAUCUGCAGAUUCUCCCGGAUGGGACAGUGGGAGGCAAGAGGGACGAGAAUGACAUUCACACGGUCCUGAGGGUGAAAUCUGUGGACCAUGGUGUGGUUGUCAUCCAGGGGACAGAGGCAGGACUCUACUUGGCCAUGAGCAGUGAAGGAAAGCUACACAGUUCAUCGACAGUAACGGAUCAGUGUUAUUUCCUGGAGAAGAUAGAGGUGAACCAUUACAACACGUAUCAGGCCCAGAAGUGCCAGGACAGGAGCUGGUACGUGGGACUGAAGAAGAAUGGAAAACCAAAACUAGGCUCUAGAACCCACAUAGGGCAGAAGGCCAUCUUCUUCUUGCCCCGGCGGUUGGAGGGCACAGGGGAGUGAAGGGUGUAAGUCCAGGGGUGCGUCUGAAAUGGCGAAAUGUAGAGCACUAUAUUGGGAAUAGGGUGCCAUUUUAGACGCAUCCAUUCAAAUCAAAUCCAAUUUUAUUUGUCACAUGCCGAA